CCGUCCGGCCCUGAGCAGGCUUUUUGCCCCCCCGCCGGCCUCGGCGCGCCCCGGGAGAUGGGCGCCCCGCUCGGGGAGUUCGAGUGGAUCGCCGGUUUCGAGGCCCUCGCCUGCUUCUUCGAGCCGGGGUUCCUGCAGGUGCCGCUGGGCCGCGCGCUGGUGGUCGGCUGCGGGCGCUCGGCGCUGUCGAGGGAGCUGGCCGGCGUGUUCCGCGAGGUCGUGUCGGUGGAUUGCGAGCCCGCGGUUGUGGAGGCCAUGCGCGAGGCGGAGCCCUCGCUGCGGUGGGUCUGCGCGGACUGUUGCUCGGGGCCAGAGAUGCGGGAGAUCUUGGAGGCGGAGGGGGGGCCGUUCGACGCCGUGGUCGACAAGGGGACCCUCGACGCGGUGAUGUGCGUCGAGGGCAUGGCGGCCGCGCUGCUGCUGGAAUGCCACCAGGCGCUGAAACCGGGUGGGGUCUACCUGUGCGCCUCGCUGCGCGGCCGCGCGCUGCUCGACGAGCUUUUCCGUGCGGGGGGGCCGUGCGACUGGGAAUGCUCGAGGACGAGACAGCGGCGCAGUCAUAAGCUUUCGGCGGUCGGCGCGGAUCUCCUGGAUCGGCGGUCGACCCCCCGACGGCGCCGCCUGCGCCACCUCUGGUGCGCUCCGCGCGCCAGGGGAGUCCAGUGCCGAUAUCCGAGAAGUGCGCGCGGGCCUCCGCAAGUGUAG